UAAACACGUCACCAUUAGACAACUCAUUGCCCCCUCCCUCUCGACUUCUUCCUUCAGCUCGUCACCUCCAAGAGGCCCUCAUUUUCUUUCCAGUUCUGUUCUACACCAAAUCAAAUCACCCUCAAAUGCAUUUUUCUUUCUGCUUUCUAGAAGCAAAUCUUUGCUCCAAGAAGCAGCACAUGUGACAUCUUCGCGAAGACUAAGAGAACAAGCGUAGCCAAAGGUGCAUAUUUUGAUUAAUUCGGAUUAGUGUAGUCGCUGAACAAAACCCAAUAUUAAGCUCGCCGUAAAGUAGGAACAAAGCGUCCAAGUACCGGAUUUUCAGACAAAUCCAUACUUGCAGCAUCCAUGGGUUGUGGGGCGUCGAAAUGGAAGGAUCCCGGCAGUAGACGCCAGGGGAGACCAAGAAGCGUCGGUGAGAUGGUCAUCUUCCUCCCGGGGCUCCGGGUACCGAGAACCGUAGACUUCUCGCAGUCCUUUGGUGAUCACCUGGAUAAGAGCAUAGUGGAGAGGCUGUCAGCUCUAAGAGCAAGGGUUGUGGCAAUGUCAAUGCAGGAGUCAGUGGUGGCCCUGAAGAAGCCGAGGCGAGGGAGUACGACGCGGCACGGAGGGUCUGGCACUGCUAAUCUUCUCCAGGCUCUGGAGGAGUACCUACCAGUUCUGCUAGGGCUGGUGAAAAGCAGUGAGCUGAGAAACAAAGUGCAGUUUGUUUGGGCUAACCAAGAAGACGAUGCUGAGGAGACAGCAAUGACAGAUGCUUGGUAUGAGGUGCUGUCUGUGCUGCACUUGAUGGCCAUGGUGUGCUUCCUGCAGGCCAACUACCUGCUUCUUCCUAGGUCAUACGGUGACGGCUAUGGGCCCAGAGUAUCUGAAGAGAGCAGGCGAGCUACCGUUGAUGUUUUCUUGAAAGCAGCUGGGUACUUGGAUUGUGCAUUUCAUCAAGUACUUCCGCAGAUACCGCCUGAAAAAAGAAGGGAACUCCCCGUAGAUAUAGUUGAAGGGAAUCUAAAAGCACUUAGUUUGCAAGGACUUGGUCAGGGAGUUGAUAUGCAACUAGGAUUGGCAAUUGAUAAUCCAAAGGCCACUUUAGCAGUAAAACGGCGUUUAGCUUGCGAGAUGAUCAAAUAUUGGCAACAGAUUAAGGACAGCAUACCAGAGCUUCCUUUAACAGAUGGAUGGGGAAAAAAGCACACACUAUUUGUAAAGUGGAAGUAUGCUGAAGCAAAGGCUUCUGCAUACUAUUUCCAUGGGUUGAUUCUUGAUGAGGGAGACACCGAGAAAUCAGAUGAGAUGGCAAUAUCCUCCCUACAAGCAUCAGAGGAGUUUCUAAAAGAGAGCAAAAAGGCUUCUGAGGCCUUCCAUUCAACUCCUCCAACAUCAAGAAUAUCAAUUCCUUUUGGGACAACCAAAUAUCUCUUGGACAGGAUACCAAGAGAUACAAUAAGCAAGCUCCAGGACAACCAGCACCUGUACACCCAAGAAGGAACUUCAAAUACAGGAAUCAGCAGGAUGAUCACACCACCGCCUCCAUUGCCAGAUUUUCCGUUGGCCCUAAAUCCUGAGGAAUAUGAGCUUCCCCAAUUAGAUCCACUGUGGAAGAAGGAAGCUAAUAAUUAAUGAAGUUUGUUACCAGGAUCAGGCAAGCAAGAAAGUUUUAUUACAAAAGGAAAUAGCAAAUUACCAAUAUUCCUCUGCUGCUGACAAUGAAGAAGAAUUAUGCAGCAUUUUAGUCGACUGUAGUGAAAAUGAAGUGCAUUUCACCAAAAAUUUAUUACUGUGUAUCAGAUAACGAAUUACCCAGCAAGGCCCAAUGACUGGAGAGCUGUACAGACGGAUAUUCUCUUUUGAAUUAUGGAAAUGCUUUUGUUGAAAGAUUAUCAGUUACUAAUUUUGCUAGAACUACACAUAGUAAUCAUCAAGGAUGUAUUUCCAUGGAGUGCUACUUGCUUAAA